UAUUUUUAUGUAAUUAUAAGUUUGACUAAAAGUUAAUUAUAGAAAUACUUGAAGUGCUAGUCAUGUGUUUGUUAAGCGAUGUAUGUGUUUGUAUAGGAUUUCAUGUGAUUUCAAAAUUUUAAUGAAAUGUAUUUUUAAUGAUUUUUUUUCAAUUUCAUUGACAGAUCUGUGCACUGCCCAGACGGCUGUCCAACAGUCCCAGACCACCGCCAAUCCUGCAGUCAAUAUUACGCCCUCAGCGGCCCCCAUAGUCAGCACCGUCCCCGCCAAUGCACCCAAAAGCGAGCCAAACGCCAACCCCACGACAACUACUGCUCCGGUGUCGACCACCCCUGUGGCGCCUGUGACACCCCCUCCCAUACCCAAACCGGAGCAGUGGAACGGGACCGUCACGGAGGGCAACGUGACCUGCAUUCAGGCACAGUUUGCCAUACAAGUGGUCGUCAAAUAUAACGAUACGAACGGCAAGGAACUGGAGGGCGGGUUCGUCAUACCCAAGAACGCCACUGUCAGCGGCAACUGCGUCGGACAGUCUGAGCCCUUGGAAGUGAUGACCAUUAAGUUCACGAAUGUGGGCAACACUUCGGCCACUUUGACGCUUAAGUUCAACCAAACGGAGGGCAAUAAAACGUUUUACGUGACGGACGUGGAGUUGUCGUUCAAUUUGACGAGAGAGCUGUUCCCCGACUUUGUCGACACAAAGCUCUACAACACGCUUCAGACGGUUUCAAACCCAAGCGCCGACCUAUUCAGUGUGGCCUCGGCUCACGCGUACACCUGCGCCACUCAGUCCGUACAGCUCGAGAAACUGCCCGAUGGGGUCAAAGAGAUUCAAAUCGACUUCACGCAGUCCAAAGUGGCCGCCUUUAUGGACCAUACGAAAGGACAGUGGGAUUCCGAAAUCGACUGCAAGUCCUCCGAAAUCAGUGAUGUGGUGCCUAUAGCUGUCGGCGCGGCGCUGGCGGGACUGGUGGUCAUAGUGUUGAUCGCGUACUUCAUUGGCCGAAGG